UCGAGUGCCGAUAGAAUGGCAGCACGCAAACGACCUUUAGUUUAGCUGUUUAUCGUUCACUUUGCCACUAUUAAGUGUAUAUUAUUGUACGUGCGGGACCUGGGCAAACCGUUGAAUGAGCAAAACUUAAAGGAUAAUGCUCAGAUUAAAAAUGAUCAGAUUUGCAUCUGGAAGAUUGAAGAUAUUGUCUGGGGUUCCAGUAUGGGGAUGUCUUCGGCAAAUACCCAGAGCACCAAACUACACCACAAAAGCUCAGCUGCUGUUUCAUUCUCAAGCCUCCUCUGUGUUCAUGGCAUCCAGACUGACCUGCACCGACAGGUUGCUGAGCAUCAUCAGGCCUGUGAGCUGGCAUGCCUCCCGUCUCUGUCAUGGGGAUUCACGAGGCACCUCAGACAGCAGCGACGGUAAAGGGGGCUUCAGCUUGAAGGCCCUCACCGAGGCUCCCAAACCGGCGCUGUACCUCGGUGUCUCUGGGCUCAUCCCCUUCCUGUCCGCCCCCCUCCUGAUGGCUGCCACACAGUCCUUCUACCCUGUAGUGGCGUACGCUCAGGUGGUAUACGGAGCCUCUAUCGUGUCCUUCCUCGGAGGGGCCCGCUGGGGGUUUGCCAUCCCUGAAGGCAGUCCUGCUCGGCCAGACUGGAUGAACUUGGGCAACAGCGUGGUGCCGUCACUUGUGGCCUGGCUGGCACUGCUCUGCAGGGACAAUAUCACUGAAGGUGCGCUUGUAGUCAUCAUGGGACUGGGUCUGUCGCUGCAUUACGACCUGACCCUGCUGCCCGGCUACCCUGCCUGGUUCAAAGCCAUGCGGACAAUCCUCACUCUUGUCGCUACCUUCUCACUGGUGGCCACACUGGCACUUAAGAACUUCUGUACUGAGAAGAAAAUCGAAGAGAUUCAGAAGUGAUUUAAGUUAGUACUACAAGCCACAUGGACAAAAUAGUGUGAACUCAAGUGAAGAUCUGCAGACAGUUUAUGCUGUACUACAGUUCACAGAACCAAUGCUGGUACUUAUAUAAUAAAAAAAAACCAUAAAAUCAUAUUUUAAAAAUGUAUAUAGCAGCAUUUUUCUUAGUUGCACAAUGGGCAUGGGGAUUUUCCGUUCAUGAGAGUCAUAAUUAAAAUAAAACGUAGAAAUAAACAGACUUUAAGGACAAGGG